AUGAUUGUGAUUGACUUUCCGGAUGUUGAUCCGGCCGCUUUUCAAACAAUCAUGGAUUACAUGUAUUCGAAUUAUGAUGAAACAGCAAUCAAAAUUGACGAUUCGGUACUUCUGAAUACUCUUUAUGCCGGUAAGAUGUGUUUUUUUCGCAAAAAAUUUUUUGUUAGUUCGGUGAGGUUUUUGCCUUCCCUCCUGUACUACUUUGUUUCCGGAAUUCCAUCGCACCUUCGUCACUUGUUUUUCUUUUUUCUUCUAAACCGCAUUUUUUUAAAACUAUCGAUGCAGAUGGCAUCUCUUCCACUCCUCUCUAAAAAAACCACAAAAAAAUCAAUUUUAACUUAUAUAGGAGGUUGUAGAAGUGUAAAAAAAAGAAACACCUACACAUCUACAAAGCAUAUGCAUUUUAACAUCCAAGAAGUCAAUCACAACUAUACCUCCCUCCGGAUUCCUGCUCCCUUGAAGCAUUCAAAGCUGAGACGGAAGGCUCGCAAAAUGAAAUUACACAACUUUUUUCUACAUCUAAAUGCUUUUUACAACUUCAUAUAUAAUUUACAGUUAAUUUCCUCCAUCUUACUUGCAGCGAUAUUUGCGUAG